AUGUCUGAUUAUCAGCUCCAGUUUGGUGUCGAUCAGCCUUGUAUCCGUUUGUGUGAUCGGACCACCAAACCUGAAGCAGUCAAAGUUGCUUCUGACCUGAUUGAGCAAGAUUAUACGGUCAAUUGGUUGAUAGACGGUCUUCCUGGAGCUACUACUCUUAUUAAGCCUAAGACUGGCAAAGAACCUGUACGGAAAUGCUAUGUAGCAGGCUUUUCUCUCGGAUUUGUCGAAGAUGGCGUCUCAUAUCUUCAUAAUCAUGUUAUGAUCGUCGUCCGUUGGAGUGGUGGAAGGCAUUCCAAAUCAAUUGUCGGCUUCGAGGUCUAUCCGAGAUCUGUUUCUGAUGCCAGUUGUCCUGGUGCAUCCCAUGAUUUCUCCAACUUGGCACUGGAUCCAAACAAAAAGGACGAUACAGUGAUUCCAUUCACUUAUUCUGUGUACUGGCGUGAAGAUCCUUCCGUUAAAUAUGAAGAUCGCUAUAGUCUCUACAUUACCCCGGGUGAUGGCGCAGCUGACGACAGGAUGCAUUGGUUUGCCAUAAUCAACUCCUUGGUCUUGGUCUCUUUCCUCUCAAUCUUUGCUGCUUUGGUUCUUAUGAAGACGCUUCAUUCUGAGUUACGCCAGCAGCAGCGUAACUGGGAAGCUGUUGCAGAUGACAUUUUUGUGCAGCCAACCAGGAUUUCUCACCUCUGCGUUCUCGCAGGUACAGGUAUUCAACUUUUAUUUACCAUUGCAGGGAUUUGCGUACUUCUCUCAACGCACAUGUCCCCUCCUACCGAAUCGGUCAUCUCGGUUGCUAUGACAUUGUUCGUAUUUGCCGGAUUCUUCGCCGGCUUCUCUAGUGUUCAGUUUUACCGCUUCUUCUCUGCCAAAUAUACCUUGGUUAAGGCUAUCUGGAUAUCCUUUCUCAGUGGAAGUGUUCUUUCUGCAUUAUGUUUCUGUGUUUUGAUUGUUUGCAACCUGCUCACGUAUGAAAAGCAGUCUUCUCGAGCUUUACAACUUAGUACCAUCUUGGCACUUAUGGGCAUCUAUGUGCUUCUACAAGUACCUAUCAGCAUUCUUGGCGGUUGCUUGUCUCUCAAGGUUAAUGUAUUGUCUCUUUUGAUUCCUAAUAAAACAUUGCCCCCCACGGAAUUGCCAUCAAACUUUAAAGCAAACAUGUCAAGGCCACCAUGGUAUAACAGAUGGCAGUAUAGUCUCCCUAUUUGCGGUUUCUUCCCCUUUGGUAUCAUCUUUGUCGAAAUUGUGUUUGUAUACAAUUCAUUGUGGAUUGACAGCACUUCUGCACGCUCGAUGUACGGGUUCUUGUUGUUAACAACUGUGUUACUAUGUGUUGUGAUUACUGAGAUCUCUAUAAUCACUACAUAUCUUCGCCUCAAUUCCGGUGACUCUCAUAAUUGGCAGUGGAAAUCGUUCGGUACUUGCUCUUGCUCCAUAUUCCUUUAUCUUGUGAUAUACAGCUUCAAUUAUCUUUUCAGAAUGAAAAUGGUUGAUGCCGUAUCGCCAUUGCUUUAUCUCACCUACUCCUUAAUGCUCAAUGUCAUCAUAUCGGUGGCUUGCGGCUCGAUUGGUUUGAUGACCUCUACAUGGUUUGUCUAUACAAUUUACACAUCGGUGAAGACAGAUUGA